GUUUUCCUUUUAAUAAUCGAAAACUAUGAAUCUUGAAUUAUUAGAAUCUUUCGGACAAAAUUAUCCGGAGGAAUUUGAUGGUGCUUUAGAUUGUGUUUCGUUAGCAGUUACUUGUGCUUUUAAUAAACGCGGUACACUACUUGCUGUAGGUUGUAACGAUGGUCGUAUAGUUAUUUGGGAUUUUUUAACUCGAGGAAUUGCGAAAAUUAUUUCUGCUCAUGUUCAUCCAGUCUGUAGUUUAAGUUGGUCUAGAUCUGGACAUAAAUUAGCAUCUGCGUCCACAGAUAAUACAGUUUGUAUUUGGGAUAUACUUUCAAGUGAUUGUGAACAAAAAUAUCGUUUCCCAUGUCCUGUUUUGAAAGUACAAUGGGAACCACGAAGUUUAAAACGUUUACUUGUAUGCCCGAUGAGACAUGCGGCUGUUCUUGUGGAUUUAGAUGGAUCUCAUCAAAUUAUACCUUUAGAUGAUGAUGGUGAUCUAAAUAUCGUAGCAUCAUUUGAUAGAAGAGGUGAAUAUGUAUUUACGGGGAAUGCAAAAGGCCGAGUACUUGUAUUUGAUUCGAAAACAUUGAAUGUGAAAGCAAGUUUUCGUAUCACGUUAGGAACAUCAAGUGCCACUGCGGUUAAAAGUAUUGAAUUUGCUAGACGUGGAGAAUUUUUCCUCGUAAAUACUGCCGAUCGUGUAAUUAGAGUGUACGAUAGUAAAGAGGUUAUAGCUUGUGGGAAAGACGGAGAACCGGAACCAAUACAAAAAUUACAAGAUUUAGUCAACAAAACUAUGUGGAAAAAGUGUUGUUUCUCCGGUGAUGGUGAAUAUAUUUGUGCUGGUUCAGCUAGACAACAUGCAUUAUAUGUUUGGGAAAAAUCAAUUGGCAGUUUAGUGAAAAUUUUACAUGGUACUAAAGGAGAAUUACUGUUGGAUGUUGUUUGGCAUCCUGUUCGACCAAUUAUUGCUAGUAUAUCUUCAGGUGUUGUUAGCGUUUGGGCACAAAAUCAAGUUGAAAAUUGGUCAGCAUUUGCACCAGAUUUUAAAGAAUUAGAUGAAAAUGUUGAGUAUGAAGAACGAGAAAGUGAAUUUGACUUGGAAGAUGAAGAUAAGUCUGUAACGAGUGGUAAUGAAGCAACACAAGAUGAAGAUUUUGAAGUAGAUGUUACACAUAUUGAUCCAGUCGCAGCAUUUUGUAGUUCUGAUGAAGAUUGUGAAAAUACGAAUGCGUUACACUUUUUACCCAUUGCACCGGAGGUUGAAGAUCCUGAAGAAGGUUGGAACGCUAAUGUUGCUGAUGUUGUUCAACCUGUAACGCCUGGUAAUGGAACACAGAAGAAACGGAAAUAUAAAUCUUAUGAUAUUGCGUUACAGAGUAAUAGCGACGAAAUUCAUCCGUUAUUGAAUAAUAAAUCAAAAGAUAAACAAUCAUCGAGUGGCGGUAAAAAAGGUGCGGGUAGACCUCGAAAAUAGAUUUAUUUUUUUAUAUUAUA